GCUGACUAGUAUUACUGUAGUACCGGUAAUAUAUGUUUUCCCCCCAAUGGCUUAGUUGCUAUUGUAGUACUAGUAGUACUGAGUUUGAUGCAAAAGGUUGUUGGAGAAGACGUCUUUAGGUCAGAGGAAAUCCUCGCAGCUUUUUGAUCUGCGUUUGAGUCCCAAACAAGUGUAGUCGUUUGUGACGGGUUGUGGAGUGAAAAUCUGAACGUUCCAAUGGCAAAGCGUACGGUUCUGCAGUGUGGUCCUGGACCCCUACACGGCGAUUAUCUUCAGGCUCAGUUUGAAGAGCGCUACGAGGUGGUGGGAGACGAUGCCCUCGGCGAUCCUAACGUACUGCAGCGCAUCGAGGGGGUGCUCACCAAACCCAGCGCCCCUACCAAGAUUGAUCGGCGCUUGUUGGAGAGCAUGCCCGCGCUGAAAGUAGUGUCGACGUGUAGUGUUGGGUAUGAUCAUAUUGAUGCCAAGGUGUGCAAAGAGAGAAACAUUGCUCUGGGCAACACGCCUGGCUUAGUAGAUGGAGCAACGGCCGACGUCACAUGGGCACUGAUCCUUGCGGCUGGCCGAAGGCUGUUGGAGCUGCAUCGGUUCUGCACAACGCGCACUUCAGCUAGCUCAAAGCCGAGCUUCUUUGGCAAGGAAGUCUACGGCUCUACACUGGGCAUUGUUGGCAUGGGCCGUGUUGGACUAGCUGUUGCUCGUCGUGCGCUGGGAUUUGAUAUGAAGUUGAUCUACCACAACCGGCGGCGGAGAGACGCUGCAACCGAGGAACAGUUUAAGGCCGAGUAUGUGUCGGACUUGAAAGAAUUGAUGUCGCGCAGCGACUAUAUUGUCAAUUGCCUGCCUGCGUCCGCGGAGACAUACCGGCUGUUUGGAACGACAGUAUUUGCAGCCGCCAAACAGGACGCAGUUUUCGUGAACGUGGGACGCGGUAGCUCAGUGGAUCACGAUGCGCUUGUUGAGAGUUUAAAAAGCGGACGCUUAUUGUCAGCCGGUCUGGACGUGACGGAUCCAGAGCCGUUGCCUCGCGAUCACCCGCUGCUAAAUAUGGAGAAUGUCAUCAUAGUGCCGCACGUCGGCACCGAUACCAUGGCAACGUGUGUGCGGAUUGCUGAGAUGGCAUUGCGCAAUCUGCAGGCGGGACUUGAUGGCGUGCCACUGGAGGCCUCACCACUAGUAUCUACAACGUAACACCCACCAUGCCUGAGUGCAAUCUUAUACAGUAGCGUGUGCCAAAUGCAGUAGAAAAACAGUGCUCGAAUGGUUGAAGGUAGAGCGGCAGGCAGACAAUGGUCCAUAACUUAAUGCCAGGAGAUCAGUUCACAAUGUACUACAACUGUACUUCAAAGUGGUCGGACACGUAUGAAGUACAAGCUCUACGAACAUCAACUUUCCUCGCAGUAUGGAUUGUUCGCGGAGAUAUGAACAAUUUGCAGUAUUCAGGUUAAUGUUGUUGGGAGGAAUAUGCCGUAGCUCCUGUUUUCUGCCCUCGGACUGAUGGAAUGGCAUAGUUUGUCUGAUUUACUUCAAUAUAGACGAACAUUUCCCUCUUCCAAGUUAGCGAAACUUGUCCAGCAUAAGUUUGUCGAAAACUGACGCAAGACUUUUUUGUUACGAAGUCUGAAGAAAACGUUGAACGGUCUCUGCUUGGAUGACGACUACACCAUAGCUCAGUGGUUAGAGCAUCGCUGGCUACAAGCGAGGGUCCCUGGUUCGAGUCCUGGUGGUGACAGUCAAUUUUUUCUUCAGACUUUUCCCGUUUGUCUCUUUCCCUCAAAACCAGUUAAGACUUUUUUAAUUUAUUUUUUAUACGAAAGUCCACUAUAGUCCCGAAUAGGCACGAGAAGUGGUGACGGGGCCAGGCUGCUCUGCCGACCUUAAAGGUCUCGGCGUCUGCGCAGACAAAGCGCACCAUAAUGCAGCAACACCAUGAGGAUGGGAGGAGGAAGAGGGAAUGGAUAAUAGUGCGGAACGUGGACAAUAGGUACAUGGUCGCGAGAGCAGCAGAAUGAGAGAUAACAUGUAGUAAGGAGGGAGGGAAGAAACUAGUGACGCGCUCACCCGGGUCUAUACUGUUACAUAGGGCCACGUCACUACCUGAUGUGCAUCGGUUAGUGCUGCUCGGUUGGGCUCGAAUACUACACGGGGCAUUCUAUCUGCCUGGAUAUUUUUUUGAUAUCUUUUCAAGGAUUCUCCAGAGGCAUACGGAUGCCUUGGACUGGUGCGGUGAUGCCAUGGCGGCGAUAUCAAGUUCCCUGAGAAUUCCGACUUUGCA